AUCAAGAUAAUCAAGAAUUAAUAAAUGGUCAUGUUGGAGGUAAGAAACGCCAAUACACAGUUCAGAAGAAAGCUCAAAGGACAUUUAGAUUAGGUGGGAAACUACGUUACAUCGCAAGUCAAUCUGUCUGGGUAUUUUGUCUGAGAUCGAAGCUCCAGCCUUCUUUCUUGGCUUUGACAAACGACGGGACACCCUUUUUUCGCACGCCGCUCUCCUCUCUUGGGUCAGAAUUUUCCUCCGCCAUCUUGGAGGUCGGCUUGUCUCUGGCGGUGGGUCGAGGUCUGCCCACGUUGAUGCCAACCAUUGUAGCGGCUUCAUAGGGCCUUCAUAUUGCGUGGGAUCAGGACAAUUUAGUACCCCCUUUUCCCCCCCGUUUGACCUCGAGGGCUUGGGCCGACGGUUCUUGAAAUCGCGUUGGUGCUUGCUCGAGAAUGCCGCAGGACGUGUCUUCUGAUCAAGAGCCCGAUGACCCCGAUGUCGAGUACGUCGAAAUUGAUCCCACUGGUCGAUAUGUUCGGUACAAGGAAGUUCUGGGAAAAGGGGCUUUCAAGAAAGUAUAUAGAGCAUUUGAUGAGUUGGAAGGAAUUGAAGUGGCCUGGAAUCAGAUUAAGGUGACAGAUCUCUUGAGAAAUUCAGAGGACUUGGAGCGUCUCUAUUCAGAGGUUCACCUGCUUAAAACUUUGAAGCACAAGAACAUAAUCAAAUUCUACAGUUCUUGGGUCGAUACAAAGAAAGAGAAUAUUAACUUCAUCACCGAGAUUUUCACAUCAGGAACAUUGCGGCAGUACCGGAAGAAGCACAAACAUGUGGAUUUGAGGGCAUUGAAGAAAUGGUCUAGACAGAUUCUUGAGGGGCUGCUGUAUCUGCACAGUCACGAUCCACCUGUUAUUCAUCGGGAUCUGAAGUGUGACAACAUUUUCAUUAAUGGUAACCAAGGCGAAGUGAAAAUCGGUGACUUGGGAUUUGCUGCCAUUCUGCGUCAUGCUCAAUCAGCUCACAGUGUCAUUGGAACCCCAGAGUUUAUGGCACCUGAGCUUUAUGAGGAGGAAUACAACGAGCUUGUGGACAUUUACGCAUUUGGAAUGUGCUUGCUGGAGUUGGUGACCUUUGAGUACCCGUAUGUCGAAUGCUCAAAUGCAGCUCAAAUAUACAAAAAGGUGACAUCGGGAAUAAAACCUGCAUCACUGGAAAAGGUGAAAGACGAUCGAGUCCGAGAAUUCAUAGAAAAAUGCAUUGCAAACGUUUCUGAGCGAUUGAGUGCCAAGGAACUUUUGAUGGAUCCUUUUCUGCAUUCGGAGGAAGAAAGUGAUAGUGUUAGCAGAUUGUUGCCUUCAUUGAGACCUCAAGAGAUGGAUAAUCCUCAUAAUGUCAAUGCUGGAAAAGGGGCAAAUGAUUCUACAGCAGAGACUAGUAGGGACUUUACAGUGCAGGGUCAAAGAAAAGAUGUCAACACAAUAUUUCUGAAAUUGAGGAUUGCAGAUUCUGCAGGUCACUUUCGGAAUAUCCACUUUCCGUUUGAUAUUGAGGUAGAUACAGCAACUGCAGUUGCCAGUGAAAUGGUCGAGGAACUAGACUUGACUGAUCAGGAUGUUUCGGCAAUUGCUGCAAUGAUCAAUCAUGAAAUUCGUUCUCAUAUACCAGAUUGGACACCGGCAGAGCCUUCUGGGGAUGACUUUAGUGAAGAAGUUCAAAACUCUGAUGCCUGUGCCUCAGCAAAUGUAGACGAUACUUCUGCUUCAACGACUGAGCCAUCUACUUCUGGUAAUCUUUUGUUGGAAAGAACAAAUUCUGGUCGGAAGUACUGGGCCGACUCAUCGAAACCAGAUGGAAUCUCUCCUGCUCGAUAUAGCCCUUCUAACUUAUCUCUUGCGGAUUUAGCCUCUAUUGAAAGUAGUUUGCUUGAAGAAAACAUGCAAUCUUCUGUCAGCGAAAGUGAUGGAGAGAGGCCAAAUGGCAUUCCUAAACUCGAACAGCGUGAGCAUGAAUCUGCUUCUGGUGGUGAAAGGAGCGUAGAUGGAGAAGACAAUGCAUCUACAGAACAAUGCGAUGGCACAGGUAGUGCAACCAAAGAUCUGCCUGGUGGCAGUGAGUGUGCUAACUCGCUAGUUGCGGAUGGUGUUGGAUCUGAAGAGUUAAAUAUAAUUGCUGAUAAGCUCGAGCAUCUGCUGAUAAAGCAGCAGGAGGAACUACAGGAGCUAAGGAGGAAGCAUGAAGCCGCCAUUUCAGAUCUUUUGGAUGAACUUUCUCCUGAAACCCGUGAAUUGGUUCUAAAUCUCUGUAAGAAAAAAAUUCCGUGGAGUAAAGAGUGAGGCACCCUGCCAACUCAAGGAUACACAUUACUUUUAAAAUGGGAAACUUCGCUGUCUCGUGACUCUCGUAUAUGGAUGGUCAUGGUACGAGAGAUUCCAGUUAAAGAAUAUUCCGCUAAAGAGACUCGGGAAUGGAGAUAGCCAGUUAAGGGUAUACUGAUUCAACCUUCGACGCCAUGAUUCCGUUAGCUGCUAGGAGGACCUGGUUUGAUGGUGGAGAUGCACGAGAUAACACUCGUAAUUUCAGUUCGCAUGGCGAUUGAAUAUAAAAGUCUGCGUUUGCUUGGAGAUGAAUACAUGUUGGUUUUCAUUCAUUGUUUGUUUAUUCUUGAUCUGAUCCAUCCACUGAUUUGUUGGCUUGUAUACAUGUACAGAUGCAAAAAGGUUAUUCUAAAGUGUCAAGUGUUGCUCCAAUUUGGUUUCCUGUGGUGGUUCUUCUUUGUAAAAAACUGAGGUUUCUGACCAAGAUGUCUCAGUUUGGUGCAGGCCGCUUCUUGCUCCUUUGAA